CCUCGCCGACCCCUUCCUCGUGGCUCCGCGCGGUCAAUACAAAUCCAAGCCGGCCGGCACUCGCGACACAGCACGAGGUGCGAAGAGGCGGCCUGACUCGCCGAGCCAAGCAACCGGCCGGCGUCCUUUGACACUCCGCGAUCAGAAGGCAGUCCAGUAUGCUGCUGAGAAACCUGUCCGUCGCCGCGUUGGUGCUGGCGGUGGGCGUUGCCAUGGCAGCCGCCGCUGAACUUGGCCAAGGGACCUACACCGUGGUCUCACCCUCCUCCGUCCGCCCGCACUCCGAGUACCACGUGGCCGUGGGCGUGCACGGCGCCGACAAGGACACGUCCGUGGAGCUGGAGCUGGUCAACAGCGGCGACAAUGGCCACAACGUCACCUACACCGAGAAGGUGGUGGUGCCGUCCGGCAGCACCAAGACCGCCCGCAUCAAGGUGGGCGAGCUGCACGCCGGCAAGGUGCGCCUGUCCGCCAAGGGCGAGGGCGGCGUGUCGUUCAGCAACGCCACGGACGUGGACUUCGACGGCAAGACGGCCUCGCUGUUCGUGCAGACCGACAAGGCCCAGUACAAGCCGGGGCAGGACGUGCGCAUCAGGGUGCUGGUCCUGGACCCGCACCUCAAGCCCACCGUCAGGGAGCCCAUCAACGUGUUCGUCUUGGACGGCAAGAACAACCGCAUCAAGCAGUGGCUGAGCGAGCAGCCCGAGGGCGGGCUGUGGUCGGGCACCUUCUCGCUGUCCGAGCAGCCCGUGCUGGGCGACUGGACCGUGGCCACCGCCCUCGCCACCUCCCCGGCCGGCGAGGUCAAGAAGACCUUCAGCGUGGCCGAGUACGUGCUGCCCACCUUCGAGGUGACGGCCAAGGCGCCGCAGACGGUCGCCUUCAAGCAGGGCAAGAUCCCCGUCACCGUCAAGGCCAAGUACACGUACGGAAAGCCCGUGGUCGGCAAGGCCACGGUGCGCGCCCCGCUGCCCUACUACUGGGUCAACCCCUUCCCGCCGCACCCGAUCCCUAUCUUUGGCUUGGCCUCAGAGAACGCCUCCACCACCACGACCACCACCACCUCCACCACCCCCAUGCCGCCCAGGCCGACGCACGUGGAGAAGGUGGUCCCCAUCGACGGCUCCGCCACGGUCGAGUUCGACAUCAAGGAUGACCUCAAACUGGACGACAACAACUACUGGAACCACGUGACGUACGAGGUGUCCGUGGUGGAGGACCUGACGGGCCGCGUGCUCAACGCCUCCGACGUGGAGGGCACUCAGGUCCGGCAGCACGACUUCGACUUGCAGUUCGUGGACACCCCGUACAACUUCGAGCACGGGAAGCUUGUCGUCGUCAAGGUGAAAGUGACGGACCUCGACGGCGCCCCCGUCCAGGACGACAAGAACCCCGUGGAGAUGACGUACAACUACGGCUGGGAAGACAAAGAGAGGAAGUCGCUGCCAGAGAAGAAGGUCCCGGCCACGGGCAUCGUCACGUUCGAACUGGAGCCCGAGAAGAACAAGUCGCAGAUCACUUUCACCGCUACUUACCGCAACAACUCUGCCAUCCAGUAUCUGAGCGCGUUCCAGGAGAGAGAGAGUGAGAACCUGAACGUGGAGGUGGAGCAAGACAGCGUCAAUGUCGGCGACGAGAUCCUGCUGCGCGUGUCCUCCAAGGUGCCGCUGCGCCAGGCCACGCUGGUGGUGCAGGGCCCUCUGGGGCUGCGGACGGUGCGGGACCUGCCGGCCGGCCUGGACGCCAGCAAGGACGACGCCCAGCCCGGCGCGGCCGGCACCACGGUCCGCGUGCGCGCCACCGCCGACAUGGCCCCCGCCUCGCGCGUCGCCGUGUACGGAGUCACGGCCGACGGCAACCUGGUGGCCGACGUUUCCGCCGUCAAGGUCAACGCGAGCCUCGCGCCGGUGGCGGUGCGCAUCCAGCCGGGCCGCAGCGAGCCGGGCCGCGAGGUGGAGGUGUCGCUGUCCGCGCGGCCCAACGCCACGGUGGCGCUGCUGGCCGUGGACCAGAGCGUGCUGCUGCUCAAGCAGUCCAACAACGGGGUGACGGCCGCCGACGCCUACAACGAGCGCAUCAGCUACGAGUCCAAGGCCAAGAAGCCCUGGGGCCCCGGGUCCGGCGCCGAGAGCCUGCUGGGCAAGUGGAAGCGCUGGUGGUACUCCGUGGAGGAGGUGCUGGAGGACGCUGGUGUCGUCUACAUGACGAACGCUAAAAUUGUGCGGAGGCUACCAGAGCGUAAGUUUAAGCCGGUGCUCUUCGCGCUGGGCGCCCCUGGGGCAGCAGGCAUUGCCGUGCCCGAGGCUGCGCGCCCCAUGGCGGCGGCCGUCCCAAGCUCGGCGGCCUCGUUCGCAGGCGCGGGUGGCGCGGCGCCUCCGCCACCCAGGCUGCGCACGCUCUUCCCCGAGACCUGGCUCUGGGAGAACUUCAACUCGGGUGCUGACGGCAACGUGACCCUCAAGAGGGUCGUCCCGGACACCAUCACGUCGUGGGUCGUUUCCGCCCUGGCCGUGGACCCGGAGCAGGGGCUGGGACUCAGCGACACCACCAAGCUGACGGUGUUCAGGCCGUUCUUCGCCACCCUGAACCUCCCCUACUCCGUGAUCCGCGGCGAGACGGUCCAGGUGCCCGUCAUCGUCUUCAACUACAUGGACGAGGACACCACGGCCACCGUGACCCUGGACAACGAGCACGGAGAGUUCGAAUUCGCCGGCAACGCCGCUGGUGGCCGCGCUCGCCGCGAGGGCGCCAAGAGCCAGACGCGGCAGGUGAAGGUGCCGCGGCAGGGCGCCGCCUCCGCCACGUUCGACAUCACCCCCAGGAAGGUGGGCCACGUGAUGCUCAAGGUCACCGCCGUGGGCGACAAGGCCGGGGACGCACUGGAGCGGCCCCUCAAGGUCAAGGCGGAGGGCGAAACGCAGUACCGCAACAAGGCCAUCCCGGUGUCCCUCGUCAAGGAGAAGACCUUCAAGGCGAUCGUGCCCCUCGAGUUCCCCGAGAACACGGUGCCCGACUCCGAAACCGUGGAGGUGUCUGCCAUCGGCGAUGUUCUUGGACCCAGCACAGCCAACCUGGAUACACUCAUUAGGAUGCCUUUCGGGUGCGGCGAGCAGAACAUGCUCAACUUUGUCCCCAACAUCGUCAUCAUGAAGUACCUGAAUCACACCAACAAGCUGACGCCCGUCCUGGAGCGCAAGGCGCGCUCCUUCACGGAGAUGGGUUACCAGAAGGAGAUGACCUACCGCCACAAGGACGGCUCUUUCAGCGCGUUCGGGGAGUCGGACCGCAGCGGCAGCACGUGGCUGACGGCCUUCGUGGCCAAGUCCUUCCGUCUGGCCAAGUCGCUGGUGCCGGUGGAGGAGCGCGUCAUCGAGGAGGCCCUGGAGUGGCUGUCCAAGCAGCAGGCCGAGAACGGCUCCUUCCCGGAGGUGGGCACCGUGAGCCACCGCGACAUGCAGGGCGGCUCGGCCAAGGGGCUCGCCCUCACCGCCUACGUGCUCACCGCCUUCCUGCAGGAAAAGGACGCUACGUUCAAGCACCAGGACGCGGCCAAGAAGGCCCUCGACUACUUGGUGAAGAACAUGGCCAGCCUGGACGACCCGUACGCCAUCGCUAUCACCACCUACGCCCUGCACCUGGCCGGCCACCCCUCCAAGGACGAGGCCUUCAAGAUGCUGGACGCCAGGGCCCAGUCUGCGCGCGGACUCCGCUGGUGGAACAAGACUGAGAAGGCCGACCCCGAGAACCCCUUCUGGGGGCAGCCCAACUCCGUCAACGUGGAGAUGACGGCCUACGCCCUGCUGACGUACCUGGAGCGCGGCCUGGCCGAGGAGGCCUUCCCCAUCAUGCAGUGGCUCAUCGAGCAGCGCAACUCCAACGGCGGGUUCGCCUCGACGCAGGACACGGUGGUGGGGCUGCAGGCGCUGGCCGCCAUGGCGGAGCGCAUCGCACUGCCCUCGGGCGACAUGCGCAUCGUCUUCUCGUACGCGGCCAAGGGCGCCAAGCAGGACACGCCUAUCGUGGUGAACGCCAAGACCGGCUUGGUGCUGCAGCGGCACGAGCUGCCCCGCGACGUCCGCGAGGUCGAGCUGGCGGCCGAGGGCUCCGGCUUCUCGCUGGCGCAAGUCUCCUGGAGCUACAACGAGGCCACGGUGGGCAAGCACCCACUCUUCAAGCUGCGCGCCGAGGUGGCCGACAAGACGACGACCAACUUGCUGGUGCUGCGGGUGUGCUCCAGCUUCAUCGCGGGGCCGUGGGGCUCCGAGAGCAACAUGGCGGUGGUGGAGGUGUCGCUGCCGUCGGGCUUUACAGUGGACCAGGACGCGCUGCCCGCCCUCAAGGAGAACGGCAACGUGAAGCGUGUCGAGACCAAGGACCAGGACACCGUCCUCGUGCUCUACUUCGACAAGAUGGAAACCAAGGAGUACUGCGUCGAGGUGUCCGCCAUCCGUACCCACCUUGUGUCCAACCAGAAGCCGGUCCCCGUCACCGUGUACGACUACUACGAUCAGACCCGGCGUGCUCGUGUGUUCUACGAGCCUCCCGCAGCCGACCUCGCCGACAAGGGGCAGUGAACGGAACAUGAAGCAACGCAGCCAAAGCAGUCUUCGGGCGCGGGGUUUCGUCGUGGUAGCCUUGCAGCAAAGUGGAGUCUUCCAUCUGUCCGAAAGGACGAAUAAUUCGCUUUCGCAAACUUCAACCUAUCCUUUUCAUUUGAAAUACAACUUUGCACAAAAGUA